AUGGGGGCCCAGGGCAGGAGCUGCCUGGCGGCCGGCUUGCUGCUGGACCGGGUGGCCAUCGUCACCGGCGGGGGCACGGGCAUCGGGAAGGCCAUCACGACCGAGCUCCUGCGGCUGGGUUGUAAUGUGGUCAUUUCAUCCCGUAAGUUCGAUGUAUUAAAAUCUACUGCAGACGAACUGAAAACCAUCCUGUCUCCCACCCACCAGUCUCAGGUCACUCCCAUAAAAUGCAACAUCCGUAAGGAAGAGGAGGUAAAUAAUUUGGUCAAAUCCACCUUAGAUAUUUAUGGGAAGAUCGAUUUCUUGGUAAACAAUGGAGGAGGCCAGUUCACGGCUCCUGCUGACCACAUCAGUGCAAAGGGAUGGCAUGCUGUGAUUGAAACCAACCUGACAGGCACCUUCUAUAUGUGCAAAGCAGUUUACAACUCUUGGAUGAGAGAGCAUGGAGGAUCCAUUGUCAAUAUCAUUAUUGUUACUAAAAAUGGAUUUCCGGGAUUUGCGCAUAGUGCAGCUGCCAGAGAUGGUGUUUACAACCUCAGCAAAACCUUGGCUUUGGAAUGGGCCAGCAGUGGAAUAAGAAUCAACUGUGUUGCCCCUGGAACCAUUUAUUCCCAGACUGCUUAUGACAACUACGGUGAUUUGGCAAAAGACUUAUUUGGAAGGGCCUAUGAGAAAAUCCCAGCUAAGAGACUUGGAGUUCCUGAGGAGGUUUCCUCCUUGGUAUGCUUCCUGCUAUCUCCAGCAGCUUCCUUCAUCACCGGGCAGGUGGUGGACGUGGAUGGGGGCCAGUCUCUGUAUAAUCACAUGUUCCAUGUACCAGAUCAUGACAACUGGCCGGAGGGACCAGGGGACCUUUCUGUUGUCAAAAGGAUGAAAGAAUCUUUAAAGCUUAAAUCCAAUCUCUAA